AUGAACAGGAUAUUCGGCACCAGGAGCACUGCGCCCAAGCCGUCGCUUAAUGAUGCCAUCAGCAGCAUUGACGAAAGGGUCUCCACUAUAGACGUCAAGCUCACCAAGAUCAACACGGAACUGAGCACGUACCAGCAGAAGCUAUCGAAGAUGAGGGAUGGUCCUGGAAAGCAGGCGAUGAAGCAGCGUGCGAUGAAAUUGCUAAAACAGCGGAAACAGCUUGAGGGCCAGAUGGAUCAGCUCAAUUCGCAGAGUUGGAAUAUGACACAGGCCUCGAUGACCACAGAGAACUUAAAGAACACGAUGAUAACAGUGGACGCAAUGAAGUCAGCCAAUAAGGAACUGAAAAGAACAUAUGGCAAAAUCAAUAUCGACAAGAUUGAAGCUUUGCAGGACGAGAUGCUGGACUUGAUAGACAAGUCCAACGAGCUCCAGGACUCGUUGGCAAUGAAUUACGAUGUCCCAGACGACAUCUCCGAGAGCGAACUGGAUGCAGAGCUGGAUGCUUUGGGAGAGGAGAUGAACUUUGAAACUGAAGCUGGCGAGGCUUCGGGAUUACCAUCAUAUCUGAGCGCAGAUGAUCAACUACCGUCCUUCGUGGACGAAGAGGAUCACAUCAAGGAUCAGGAGAGAGAAGUGGCUGCCUAG